ACAUGUCUGUCAAUUUUAAAAUUGUCGUUAUUUAUUUGAUAUUAAUGGUCAUUAAUUGUUAUCUUCCUGUUAUCCUGACCUUUCGGUAAGAAGAAUGAUGGACGUCUGGGCACAAGGUCCAUAUCUAUGGAAAUGUAAAUGAGCCCCUUAACGUUUUCGUGGAUGGUUGCGGGACACCUUUCGUGACUGAUCUAGAUAUAAACAUCACAGCAGAGAAAGAACUCACUUUCCUUAGCCUUACUCAUGAAGAUUGUUUGUGCAGGAUAUGCAAAAACCGGUACUAAGUCAAUUGCCAAAGCCUUGCGGCACCUUGGGUUUACAGUGUUCGACUGGGAAGAGCAAAUCUUUGACUUUCUAGAUGACUGGGUUGAUGUGUUUCAAAAUGGCGCCAAGCCUGAUGUUAAGCGACUUUACCAGAAUGCUGAUGUAUGCGUUGAUAUGCCUGGAACCUUUUUCUACGAAGAAAUUCUGGAAGCUUUUCCUGACUGUAAAGUGAUUCUGAGCGAACGGGAUGAAGAUUCCUGGGUGGAAAGUCAUGUAAAUCAACUGGAGUCGAUCGCUGCGGCACGAUAUCGAUACAUGAUUCGGUACUUGUUAUCGCCAACAGCAUGUAAAGUUAGGGGCGUCGUGAACUCCUACGGUAAUGCUCUAUUUGGCUCUUGUAACCCCAAGUCCACCUAUGUUUUCAGAAAGCGAUAUCGUAUCCACAACCACCGUGUGAAGUCCAUUGUUCCCGCUGAUAAGUUGCUGGUGUACAACGUGAGGCAAGGAUGGAAGCCAUUGUGCGAUUUCUUGGGUUGCGAGGUCCCCUCGAUUGCCUUCCCACAUGAAAAUAUCAAAGCUGGAAUUACUUCCACCAUUGGCAUGACCAGAUAUGGCCAGCAUAUAAAAUGGGAAAUGCAGAGAGGUCUUUUGGCAAUCGGCACAGUUAUUGUAAUAAUUGUAGUGGCAAUUUUGGCCAUCUGUUUUCAUGAGUAAACAAGCCAACUGGCAAGAGCAAUAACUGUGGCGUCUUCACUGGUUUGUUCAUCUCUGUUGAUACAUCGUAGUUUCUCAUCACUCAGUAUGUUCCAAUACAAAAUAAUACGCCAUUUACGAGAGUUUAUUCAACCUCUUUUGUUUUGCAAUUUCGUAAAAAGUUUACCCAAUAAACUUAAAGCGUAUAUACCCGACUAAUUAACAAUACCCCAUGAGGCGAAGCCGAAUGGGCUAUUGAACCGUGGCCCUUGGGGGCGAAGGGUCUAAUUGUUUUAGUAUCACCC